GGUGUCGGAGGUGGUGGCGGCACGGCGAUGGGUGAUGGGAGCUAUGCGGCUAUACCCUCAUCUCGAGGUCCCGUGGUCAAUCGAGUCAGUGGACGUAGUGGAGUGGACUCCGGUAACCUACUCUACUCUUCUUAUAACGGCGGCUCCUCUCUUCGUGCUUCUGACGAUCGUUUUGGUGGUGGUGGCGCCAUAGAGGAUGGUGAUGAUGUGGAUGAUGACGAUCUCGCCAUGCUCAGAUCAGCCAAUGUAGGUCUUCUCAUAGUUGUAGUACUUGAACCAUUUGUCUCCCUUGUUUGA